AUGAGGAGGAGAUCGUCUGGAUCCGCCGCAGAGGACGAAGGCGAAGGCGACCACCAUCACCCUCCAUCGAAUGCCGCCGAUCUCACCCUGUCCAAGACGGUUACUGAAAGAUCAGACGGUCUCUCCAACCCCGAAGAUCUCCAGGACGCAGAUCUCCAGUCAACCACUGUUCGACGGUUGGAUACCAAGAUAAAACGCACCCUACCCGAACUCGACAGACGGAAAAGUACGGACAAGCGGAAUUCGACGACCAGAAGUCGACGGCCCAGCAGCACGAAUUGGAAGCCAGCCCACCUGCGAAAUGCUGCUGUCGACCAAGAUCGAUCUACCGAGAACCCCGUCCUAAUCUCGUCUGACAAGAUGCCCGAAUCUCGACAGAAUGCUCGACGUUCAAGGCUGCGCAGUCCGUGGUCUAUCUCUGCCCUGGUCUUUGUCACAACAGCGCUGGCCUUGCUCUCACUGGCCUCCGUCAUACACUCGUUCUCCAAUAAGCAAAUGGACACUAAAGGAUGUCGCAUGUCAUACAUGAGGCCGUCAUUUGCAAAGCUCUCGGACUUUGACACGGAGCAUACGCGCUUCGCUAGCAAAUAUUCCGUCUACUUGUACAGAGAAGGCAUGAUUGAUGAAGAUACAAAGGUAAAAGGUGUGCCUGUUCUCUUCAUUCCUGGUAAUGCGGGUAGCUACAAGCAGGUCCGACCCAUUGCCGCCGAGGGGGCUAAUUAUUUCUACGAUAUCCUCCAGCAUGACCAGGACGCAAUUAAGGGCGGUGCUCGAAACCUGGACUUCUUCACUGUCGACUUCAACGAGGACAUCACAGCUUUCCAUGGCCAGACCUUGCUAGAUCAAGCCGAAUACCUGAACGAGGCAAUCGCAUACAUCUUGUCCCUCUACCAUGACCCGCGGAGGUCCGGACGAGACGCUGAUCUUCCGGACCCCACAUCGGUGAUCAUUUUAGGGCAUUCAAUGGGUGGUAUAGUAGCCCGAACUAUGCUGGUCAUGCCAAAUUACCAGUCGAACUCGAUCAACACGAUUAUCACCAUGUCUGCGCCGCACGCGCGUCCACCCGUGUCAUUCGAUGCCGAGAUUGUUCGAACAUAUCAGAAAAUCAACGAUUAUUGGAGAGGGGCAUAUUCCCAGAAGUGGGCAAACAACAACCCUCUUUGGCAUGUCACUUUGAUUUCCAUAGCUGGUGGAGGGCUGGAUUCCGUGGUUCCUUCAGACUACGCGAGCUUGGAAUCUCUAGUUCCCGAUACGCAUGGAUUUACGGUCUUUACCUCGUCUGUGCCGACCGUCUGGACUAGCAUGGAUCAUCAAGCCAUUCUGUGGUGUGAUCAAUUUCGGAAGGUCGUUAUCAGGUCGUUAUACGAUGUCAUUGACGCCAACCGACCUGCGCAGACGAAGCCGCGAGCCGAUAGGAUGAGAGCCUUCAAAAAGUGGUACUUGACCGGAAUGGAGAGUGUUGCCGAAAAGACCCUCUCAAACAUGGAUCCCACGACCCUCCUUACCCUGGAGGACGGUUCAAUCACUAAACAAGAGGAGAGGUUGGUUUUGAGGAAGUUUGGGCAGAAUCGCAGACCGAAAGCGCACCUUUUACCUAUCCCACCACAAGGAACGCCUGGAGGAAAUAGGUUCACACUUCUGACGGACCAGAAACUGGACAAGCCCGGCGAUGCUGGGAAAUUGGAAGUACUGUUCUGCAGUGUCUUUCCCCUCCACCCUGGACAGUCAGCGACCUUGUUUUCAAUGAACAUGGAUCUGUCGGGGGACAGCACAGGGACGACGAGGUUGGCUUGCAAAAACGCGGCUUCUGAUGUAAUCAUCUUACCAGCAUCGAAUAGGGCAACUAAGCAACCGUUUUACCUGGACCAAGAAGCGGAAAUUACGCCGUUCUCGUACCUGCAAUACGAUUUGGAAGACAUUAUGGACCAUCAAUUCGUGGCUAUAGUUGACAAAGCAGUAGAUCCUACGCCAGGCUGGGUCAUCGCCGAGUUUAGCGACAACGUGCAAUCACACCGAGUGCGGUCCCUGGGACUUCGACGACUAUUGGCGUUUGGGAUGAAGUUCAAACUGCCUGCAAAACGCCCCAUGGUAGCUGAAGUCAAGAUUCCGGCACUGCACUCAAGCUUGCUUGCCUACAAGCUCGAGAUGGGUAACCAGGUGUGUGGAGAAGAGGCGGAACUUUUCACACCCUUACUCCGUCAAUAUAUCUCCAGCCCAUACGAAUCGAAGUAUUUUGUGAACGUCAAACAAGCAGACAUCAACCUCCAUGGAGUAUCACCAUACAUGCCGCCUUCGCUCACGGAAAAGAGCUUCCAAGAAGGGCUGAGCCUCCAGUUCUGGACGGAUCCUACGUGCGACUCUAGCGUCAAAAUUGCCCUGAAGGUCGAUAUCCCGGGCAGCAUGGGAAAGCUUUACAUGCGAUAUAGGACUGUCUUUGCUGCUUUUCCAAUGUUGAUUGUUGCAUUGGUUCUGAGAAAACAAUUUCGAGUUUACGACGAAAAGGGAAUUUUCAUGCCCUUUUCCGAGAGUCUGGACUUGUGUCUACGUCAAUCACUGCCUCUGAUACUUUUGGCACUCACCUGCUUGGCGGUAUCUUUUGCCCACAAUAGCUCAGCUCCAUCUGAAACCACUUCUUCCGGAUUUUGGGGCUGGAGAGGAAACGCUACCGAGACUCAAGUAGAUUUUACCAAGAAUGACCUUCUUGUUGGUUCACCAGAUCCUUUCUUUUGGUUCAUGGUUCCAUUCAUCGGCCUGGUGUGCGUGGGAGUCUGUGUGAUGAUGAAUUAUGCAACUCUGCUGCUCACUCACAUUUUCAGUAUUGUAUACGGCUGGUUGAGCUUCAAGCCCGCCUGGCUACGUAACGAAGAUAAGAGGAGGGCGACAUCUUCAGCAUUUGCCCCAUCAACGCCCCGGCGACGUAUCUUGACUACUGCUUUACUUCUCUUCUUAGUAUCAACAGUCAUUCCAUACCAAUUCGCAUAUCUCGUCGCGUGUCUCGUACAACUCGCUACUUGCACUCGUGCCCUGCGUUUCGCCAGAGAGGCGCGAUCAAACAAUAACUUCAACUUCCACAAUUACGCACACUCGAUCCUCAUCCUCAUGCUCUGGAUUCUCCCUAUCAAUCUCCCCAUCCUUGUGGUUUGGGUCCAUAACCUGGCCGUGCAAUGGCUUACCCCGUUCUCGUCACACCACAACGUCCUUUCCAUAAUGCCAUUCAUCCUUCUGGUUGAGACACUGACCAGUGGGAAGAUGGUGCCACGAAUGACAUCGCGCCUCCGUCACUUCACCAGCAUCUUCUUCUUCGCCAUCGCAAUCUACGCUGCUGUGUAUGGAGUCACGUAUGCAUACAUGCUUCAUUAUCUCGUCAAUUUCGUCGUGGCAUGGCUUGUGGCAAUCCAUUCCACCACCUCCUCGUGGACUCUGACAGGCCUGAGCACAUUGUUCGAUUCAGACGGAUCAGAGACUGACCGGAAACGAGGAAAGACACCUUGA